AUGACAACACGAUCCGCGACAAUUAUUGGUCCAUGUAUUAUAUGCGGUGAGGAUUCAAAUGGACGACAUUAUGGCGUUAUUGCUUGUCUUGGAUGUAAAACAUUUUUUCGAAGGCUCGUAUUUUUAGAAUUUUAUCUUUUUUAUUUUUUUGAAUUUCGGGCAGUUAUACAAAAACAGGAUAUAAAGUGCAAGCGAAUGGAAUCGUGUGAUAUCGAAAAAGCAGCAAGAAGAGCUUGUCGAGCUUGCAGAUAUAAAAAAUGCCUUAAAAUGGGAAUGACACGAGAAGCUUUGCAACCACGCCGAGAUUUAAUUGGUUGUCGGCAGUAUCGUUCUUUAAAUAGUGAAAAUAAUUUUUCACGGAUUGGCAUUGAUAGUGCAUUGUCGAAAACUACUUUUGAUCGUAAACUUGUUGACCUUAUAUCGCAAUUGACAUUAAUUGAUAAAGAAAUGCGUGAGAAAAAAUUUGAAUUGAUGAAAGCUAAGAACGAGGCGAAAAAGUUAUCUGAAAUGCUAAAACAAGGUAACGAAACGAUGAAGGGAAAAUUCAUGAUCAUGCUAUCAAAUGAUAUCACUAAUGUGACGCAAACUGAUCUUUUAAUAAUGCUUGAGUGGACCAAAACACUUCCGUGUUUUCCGAAACUUCCGAUAUCUGAUCGUAUUGCACUUCUAAAACGAUUCGCUGUUCAAUAUCUUGUAUUGGAGCACGGAUAUUAUACUGCUCAGUUAGGUGUGGAAAAUGUUUGGCUUAUUUCGAAUGGAACUUGUAUGCCGCGCAAUAUUAAUGAAAUAUCGGAUGAAAUGAAGGAAUCAGUAACUGCUGAACGAAUAUGGAGGCAGGAGAAACUCUAUAAACAAAUGACUGAUUCAUGUAUCGAUGAAGUUGCAAUGCCGUUGAGGAGGCUUAAAUUGAUGCCUGAAGAGUUGGUUGCAUUAAAGAUUAUUAUGUUAUUUCGUUAUGGCAAUCAUACUAGUAUAGGACUCACUGAAUCGGAGAUAUCGGAUGAAACUCGUCAACGAAUUAUACAGUGUCGGGAUCACAUCAUUGCUGCUUUGUUUGCUUUCUAUGAUUCAAUCAAUUAUUCAAAUUAUGCAGGUGAACGCUUUGGCAACGUGAUUCUUACUAUAUCGGGUAUUGUAUCAGCUGCUUCAUCAAUGCUAGAAAGUUAUCAAGUCAUGCGAUUAUUCAAGAUCGUCAUUUUUGAUCAUAUUUCCGAGCAAUUGCUUUUUAACAAUUGCGAUAUUACAUAA